AUGGCUGCUGAAUUAGUGAGAUUCUUCACUAAUCUGAUUGGUGUUGAGGAUCCUUAUGUCAAUAGCUGUUCUGUUGAGGUUCUGAAAGACCUGCUAAACUACUCCCUGCCAGAAAGAGCUGCUGAUUUUUUAAUUAGAGAAGUGAGUGAUAUGGAGAUCAAGGAGGCCCUGUUUAAGCAAGGAAAGGACAAGAGCCCAGGUCCUGAUGGGUACACCUCUGGUUUUUACAAGGCUGCCUGGGACAUUGUAGGUGCUGAUUUUUCUUCUGCUGUGAGUCAAUCAGCCUUUGUCAAUGGUAGAAGCAUUAUUGACAACACCUUGCUAGCCCAGGAAAUUGUUAAGGGCUACUCUAGGAAGAGUCUUUCUCCUAGAUGUGCAAUUAAAAUUAAUUUACAGAAGGCUUUUGAUUCUGUUAGUUGGGGCUUCUUGUUGAGUGUUCUUGCUGCUAUGGGGCUCCCUGAUAUUUUUUGUAAUUGGAUUAAGGCUUGCAUUACUACCCCUAUUUUCUCUCUCUCUUUAAAUAGUAGCUUGGUGGGGUAUUUCAGAGGAGCUAGGGGGAUUAGGCAAGGGGAUCCUUUAUCUCCUUACCUAUUUGUUAUUGCCAUGAAUGUUCUGUCCUCUCUCUUAGAUGCUGCUUCCAAAUAUGGUAUUUUUAAGUUUCACCCUAAGUGUAGAAGAAUUUCCCUCACUCAUCUUUGCUUUGCGGAUGAUCUGCUUGUUUUUUGUCAUGGCUCUUUGGAUACUGUGUUGGGAGUCCAAAGCACUCUAGACAUGUUUUAUGAGCUGUCUGGCCUCAAGUUGAAUGCACAGAAGACUGAAUUCUAUGUUUGUGGGUUGAAUGCGUCUGAAUUGGAGCAAAUCAGUUUGGUUACUGGUUUCAGAUUGGGACAGCUUCCUGUGAGGUAUCUUGGGGUGCCUCUGGUGACCCGCAAGCUCUCUGGUAAAGAUUGUGAGGCACUUCUGAUAAAGAUUAAGGAUAAGCUUAGGCACUGGUCUAACAAGAACCUGAGUUAUGGUGGUAGACUCCAAUUGAUUAAAACUGUUCUGUUCAUUAUGUUUAACUAUUGGAGUAGACAGGUGGUAUUGCCUAAGGGAAUUAUUAAGGAUAUUGAACGCCUUUGUAUGCGUUUUUUCUGGAAGGGAAGUGAUUCUUCAGCAAAAGGAGCUCGAGUGAGUUGGAGUCAGAUCUGCUCCUUGAAGUCUGAGGGUGGCUUGGGCCUUAGAAGUCUUGUGGUCUGGAAUAAAACAUGUUGUUUGCUCCUUGUAAGAAACAUAUUGGCUAAUGAAGGUUUACUUUGGAUCGCCUGGAUCAAAGAAUACUGCUUCAAAGCAGUUAGCUACUGGGAUGUAGAGUGCAAAGCCCACUUCAGCUGGAUCCUGAGCAAACUGCUGAGUCUGCGCGAGGAGGCUCACCGAUUAUUCCUUCCUUGUGUGAACUGGAGCCUUAUGAGAGGUAAUUGGAUCUGGGACAAUAUCAGGGAUUGUAGGGUGAAGGUUAACUGGCACAGGCUGAUCUGGUUUCCUGCCCAUAUUCCCAAGUUCUCUCUUAUUUCGUGGAUGGUUAUCCUCGAUAGGUUGCCUACUAAAGAUCGGCUUGUUCGGUUCGGCUUGGCUAUUGAUAAUGUUUGUGGUCUGUGUGCCUCUAGUUCUGAAUCUCGUGAUCACCUUUUUGUUGAAUGUUGUUUUGCAAAGGAAGUUUGGGAUAUUGUUCUAACUUCCUGUGGUGUUUGUUAUACUCUGACCAACUGGGAGGAUCUUUUCAAUUGGCUGAUAGCAAACUUGAAAGGCAAAUCCCUCAGAAUUCGAAUCUUGAGGCUCGCUUGGACUGGUCUGUUGUAUUCGGUCUGGGAAGAGCGUAAUCACAGGCUCUUUAGACGCUCAUCUCGCUCGGUUGAUGCUCUUGUUAAUAGUAUAAAGUUAGCUGUUAGAGUUAAGUUGAGUAGAUAUGGCAAGCCUAGGAUUGAUGAUGUUAACAGGCAGUUAUGUUUGAAUUGGGGUUUGUUUUGA